UGUACAUGUGAUCUCCAGAUUUCGUUUUUCUGAUAUCUUUACACAGAUUUGUGAUUUUUCAUAACAUUUUCAUUUAGAUAAAAACAUGUUCACCAUGAAAAUCUUAUCAAUUACAUCUCGAUUGAACCGUCAAUUCAUCUCUAACAGAACAAUGCAUGUUGGUCGAUCUUUGUGUUCAGCACAAGCCGCUUCUCAAUCGGUUGUUGAUGGUAAUCAGAUAUUGUCACCUACUGAGACAAGUCCUAAAAUCAAAGCCAUUGUUGAUGAAAUUGGUAAGCUUACAUUGUUAGAAGUGGCCGAAUUGAAUGUUGCGUUAAAAGAAGUGCUCAAAAUUCCUGAUGCUCCGAUGAUGUCUUUUGCUGCCGGAGCGAUGAUGGCAGGAAUGCCCGGAGAUAAGGCUGAUGAAGAAACUGAUACGGCUUCGAAAACUGUACAAACUUCAUUCAAUCUGAAGAUAACAAAAUUUGAUGAAGGCAAAAAAGUUGCAUUGAUCAAAGAAGUGAAAAAUCUGGUCGAAGGUCUCAAUUUAGUACAGGCAAAAAAAUUUGUCGAAUCUGUUCCACAAGUAGUCAAGAAUAAUCUAUCGAAAGAAGAAGCAGAAAAAUUGAAAACUACAUUGGAAGCUGUUGGAGCCACUUGUUCGAUUGAUUGAUUUAUUAUUGCAUAGUCCUUUUAUUUAGUUUUUCAUUUAUUUUAAUAAAAAUUUUGUAUAA